AGUAUCGCCGUCGAUGGCGUCGUAGUCGUCGUCGUCGUCGUUGCUCUCUGUGGUUGCUGGGGAUAGUGGUACUGACUUGUUUUCUUGGCCAUCCAACCAAUAGUACGCGCCAGAUGUUACGCGAGACAACAUUCAAGCUCAAGAAGCGAAACUAAGAAACAGCUAGUCUGCAUUUUGCGCAUUCAGGAGAAGGUACCCCCGCCCUCCCUUGGGAAGUUAGAGUAGUCGCGUUUAAGCAGCAUCGCCUAGUACGCUUUGUCGUGUGCCUUGUUGAAAGAUGACGCGUAAUAAUAUUAGGGAUUUCGUGAUUCAGUGAAUGUGGAGCAAAUCGUAAUAAUUUGGUUAGCCGUGGUCUUGCAGUGAAAGAAGUGAUAAUUUGUUCGCCGUUUGUGAUUUCGGUUAUUGAGUUGUUCUCGUGUUAUUUUACUCUCUGUGGCGUUCAUUAACUGUUGAUCCCUAGAAGGAAAGAAGGGAAGGAACACGGACAAAGAGAGGCCAUACAUACUGCCGGGGCCAAUAAGACAAAAUAAAGCAAGAAGAAGAAGCGGAGUGAACCGUUAAGCUAUAGUGUUUUUUUUGUUUUGUUUUGUUAAAACCAUUGACGAGUAGCUUUUUCCGCAGAGAAAGUUUGAGAUAAUGAGAUUAGGAUUUUGCUGGUGAUGUUUUCCGAUUCCCCCACCCUCUGUGAAGCAAGUGCUCGAUGAUUUUCAAAAGCAGCGACCGGUGGCAGAAGCACCCGUGUGAGCACUAGAAAAUAAAUCCGUUAUCAGCAGCCAUACAACAUAUUACGGAAGAGAGAAACGCCAACUCAUGUUCUCCUGUUGCGUUGUUUUGGGGCAGCGAAAAUCAGCAAGUUGAACACUCGAAAGACAGAAGCAUCAACACUAACAAUAGUAUAUAGUAGUGGAGAGAUACAGAUCAUAUGCGCUGUGAACGGAAGUCCUGGUUCAUAUCGAACUGAAAGUAGCCCAUUGCACGAGAAACAAAUCUCUUUGAUAGAUGGUAUCGUAGCCGAUCGGGUUAUUGGAAAGAGUCAAUAGCGCACGGAAUAAGAACGGAGGGACGUAGAAUCACCGGAGGCAGUGCUCAGCAGCUGUGCUUGGGAGACGGAUGCACAUAUCUCUGUUUAGUCUACUUUUCGAAGUAAAGAGCCAACCGAUUUUCACUAGUCUAGGUCUAAGCUAACAAAUACUAACCACUACUACUAACCUAGCAAAAAUUCUAGCAAAUAAUCGACUAAAACGGCCAUCUCUCGAACUCUCGAACGAACGGGUCCGUGUCUCUUUCACAUCACUAACCAAACAAUCGUCAACCCAACCGCUCUAGUAUUGGGCGCCAUUCCAUUAUCCAUCUAGUUUUAAACACCACUUUCGGCCUGGAUUCGAUUCGAGAACACGAUCCAACCCAGGAAGCGGCCACCGAAAGGCACGCAAACGGGCAAUCAUCGUCGUCAUCAACGUCAGGAAGUGGCAAUAUGGUGAAAACGUUCCAAGCCUAUCUACCGCCAGCCAACCGAACGUAUUCCUGUGUCCACUGUCGGGCACAUCUAGCUAGUCACGAUGAGCUAAUAUCAAAAUCGUUCCAGGGGAGCCAGGGACGGGCGUAUCUGUUCAAUUCGGUGGUCAACGUUGCGUGUGGCCAGGCCGAAGAACGCGUCCUACUAACCGGUUUACACGCCGUAGCCGAUAUUUACUGCGAAUGCUGUAAAACGCCUCUAGGAUGGAAAUAUGAACACGCUUUCGAAUCUAGCCAAAAAUAUAAAGAAGGGAAAUACAUCAUAGAACUAGCUCAUAUGAUCAAGGAGAACGGAUGGGAUUGAUCGCCGAGUCACUUUGAGAAACGUGUAAAUUAGUUUAGUGAAUGCAAACAAAAUUCGCCACAUUAUAUGAAACAAACAAAAAAAAAGAAUAAGGAAAGAUGCCAUCCGGAAUGGCUUAUUUUUCUGCAAAAGAGCAUUCUACUUUCCAGUCAUAGCGUUUCCUUACUCAAACAGGAAAAAAACAAACAAACUGUUUUCAUCGCCCAAUCACCCUUACGACAUAUGUGUAACUGUGCAGUUAUUUCCUAUCCGCGUUAACCCGUUGUUAACGUGUUCGUCUUAUUUUGUGAUCAAUCAUCGAACGGCGUCGUCAUAAUUAUAGUUGAGUUUUUUUUCUUAGUUAACAGACAUUCUAGAAGUUCAUUCUUACAUUUUACCUGUAAGAGAAAUCCACGAUACACGAUUUGGAACACUGUUUAGUUUAACGAUAAUAUGCUUAUUCUUUUGAAUCCCUAUUUAGUAGAAGGAAACAUUUAUUUUUCCUGCAAUUACAAGAUGAUUAACACUAUUUUAUCAACUAGUGAACAAAACUAUGAACGAUAAGCGAGAGAAGAAAGCAGAUUGACGUGUAUACAAGGGGAAUGCGUUUGUUCUAUUGCACGAGUGGGAUGGGAGUGGGUGGUGACCGAACAGGUUUCACCCGGCCGCCAUGCCGUGCACUUGACAGCUGUCAAGUGCAGAACAGGCAGGGGGAAUUUUACAGGAGAAGAGGAGGAGGAGGAGGAAAGCUACGCGAGAGAGAAUAUGCGAGAGUGAUAUUAGUUUUACGAAUGUUUCAAGUGAGAUAACAUUUAUAAGGAAUCGUAUUUUAGUCGAAAUAUACAAGUUUAAGAAUUUAGCUUUAGUUUCGCGAAACAUACAACAAAACUGCAAGAAAGAAGACAAACACUUAUGGUUUUAUAAAUCAGAAGUUAGAUAAUUGCGACAAAACAUGAAUGCAAACCACAACUAUGUCUGUCACUAAUCAGUACUGUCAUUAUUCAGUUUAAGUUUUCUUUGGAUAGCGAAUGUGAUCUUUAAAAUAUUGCAAAUAUAAUGUAUUUUUUAAUAAAAACAAAAUAUUUUAAUACA